AUGGUGGUCAAUUUGAAUAAAAUAUCUCCAAAAAAUAAAAAGUAUUACUUGGCAUUAGGUUUAGAAGGAUCAGCUAACAAGCUAGGUGUUGGUAUAAUUAAACACAAAUACCCACUAAUAUCAUCUAGCAGCAGUAGCAGUAGCACCAGUACAGGAUUAGAAAUAUUAAGUAAUGUUCGUGAUACAUAUAUUACGCCGCCAGGUGAGGGUUUUUUGCCCAGAGAUACAGCAAGACAUCAUAGAAAUUGGAUUGUUAGGUUAAUUAAAAGAGCAGUUGAAGAAUCUAAAAUUUCUAUUCAGGAUAUAGAUAUUAUUUGUUUUACUAAGGGUCCUGGCAUGGGGGCGCCUUUGCACUCUGUGGUUAUAGCUGCUAGAACAUUAAGUUUAAUGUAUUGCAUACCGCUGGUUGGUGUAAAUCAUUGUGUCGGGCACAUUGAAAUGGGAAGGGAGAUCACUAAAGCUGAAAAUCCGGUAGUUUUGUAUGUUUCUGGCGGAAAUACACAGGUAAUCGCAUAUUCAGAAAAUAGAUACAGGAUAUUUGGUGAAACUUUGGAUAUUGCCAUUGGUAAUUGUUUAGACAGAUUUGCUAGAACUUUAAAAAUUUCCAAUUAUCCAUCACCGGGUUAUAAUAUUGAACAGUUGGCGAAAAAGGGUAAAAAUUUGGUGGAAUUGCCGUAUACUGUGAAGGGCAUGGAUUUAUCUAUGAGUGGUAUCCUAGCGUAUAUCGACAAAAUUGCUAAAGACCUGUUUAGAGGGAACAAGAUUAAGGUUAAUAAGCUCUUGUAUAACAAAAAUUCAAAUAAAGAAUCAGAGGUAGAAAUCACUGUAGAAGAUUUGUGCUAUUCUUUACAGGAACAUCUUUUUGCCAUGUUAGUUGAAAUUACAGAAAGGGCAAUGGCGCAUGUGAAUUCAACACAGGUUUUAAUUGUAGGUGGUGUAGGUUGUAACGUUAGAUUACAAGAAAUGAUGCAAGCUAUGUGUGAGGACAGAAAAGGUGGUAAAGUGUAUGCCACUGAUGAAAGAUUUUGUAUAGAUAAUGGAGUAAUGAUAGCGCAAGCUGGUUUAUUACAAUAUAGAAUGGGCGAUAAAGUUAAAGACUUGGCUGAAACGGUUGUUACCCAAAAAUUUAGAACUGAUGAAGUUUAUGUAUCCUGGAGAGAUUAA